AUGUACCUCCCCGCCGACCCACCACCGCCCUCCCUGGCCGCCGCUGCGCUCCGCCACCUCUCAGCAGCCGUGGCGACCGCCGCGCCGUCGGGCCCACGCGCUCUCAUCCCCCCCCUAGGUCUCGCGCUCCGCACCCUCGCCCGCGCGCGCCUCUCCGACAACCCCCCACCCGUCCCCCUAGCCCCAUUGAACGCGUUCACCUCGCUGGCGGCGGAGGACCCCUCGGCGAUCCCAGUGUCUAUGGUUGCUGAUGCGCUCCUCGCGUAUCCGUCCGAAACGGGGGCACUGGCACCCGCCAUGUCGUCGUUACUUGGGGAGCGUGAGGCCGACUUGGCGGCGCACAUUGUCCUAGCGCACGCGCCCGAACUUGUUCCAGCCCUCAUCUCGGCAUAUGACGGCGCAACCCUCCGAGCCAAGGCUGAGGUGCUUACCCUCCUCCGUGCUCUUCUUGAGGGCAGUCAGAUCGAGAUUCCACCACCUCGGAACGGAACCCCGAUGGUGGACCAGAAUGCUACGGCUGAUUUGAAUUUGUUUUCGACGCAGAAUCCUGGCGCGGUUGCCGAGACAUUGAGGGCACUGCAUGAUGACGAACGGAGGGAUGAUCUGCGCCUCCAACCCCUCCUCAAUCUCUUCCCCUCCCUUCCGGCCCACCUUCUGGCCGAUGCCCUCGCCCACCCGGCAUUCAGUGGACGCGGAGGCGCGACAGCCUCCGAGCAGGCCGCGCCCCUCGUCGACGCGAUCCUCGCACGCACCCUCCCGCCUGACUUGCACGAGCUGCGCGCGGCCGCGGCCUCUCUGGAUACCACAGACGCUGACGCCCCUGGCCCAUCGGCUCCAACCCCUAAGGCGCGUCGUGGAGGAUGGGACGAUGUCGACCUCUCCAAACUCCGCCUCAAGGGCGAGAGCGAGGGCCCCGCUGACAUUCCUGAUUCACUUCGCGCCUCCAUCUUGCGUCUCGUGGAAGCGCAGGAGGAAGAGGAACAGGCGGCUGCGCGUGCGAUUGCCGAGGCGCACGGCUACGGGUUUGACGACGAGGAAGAGGAUGUCGCUCCCGCCCGUGCGCAAGUCGGGGACGGAGAGGAGAGUGGACAAAGCGAGAGUGAAGACGAGGACGGCGAGUCACCCACCCCGGCGCGCAAGGACAACAGGGCGCAGACGCUGCUCGAGCUCGCAUACCUCCAGACGCCCGCGCUGUUCAACCGCGACUCGGCGACUCGGCGCAGCCCUGCCCGCGCGGACCUGCGCGAGCGUACCGGGAUGGACGACGGGCAGAUCGAGGGGUGGAAGGUCAUGCUGGAGCGCAAUCCGCACAAGGACGCCAUUUUGGAACGGCAUCAGUUCUCGCGCCCCGCCAACAACGCGCCCAAGCCCAAGAAGGAGGGUGGUGGCGAGUCGUCGCGCGGCGGCGGCGGCGGCGGCGGCGGCGGCGGCGGCGGCGGCGGCGGGCGCCGAGGGGCCGGCAGUGGUAGUGCAGGGCGAGGAGGAGGACGUGGACGUGGCGCAAACAAGGGGAGUCGUGGACAUUCGAAUGCUGCGCGGACACGGGGACACGACAAGAAGAUGAGCCGUAUGGGUGUGGGAGAGUAG